CUUGGGCGCUUGCAUGAAAAUUGAUCAUCAGAAAAGAACGUGCGACAAGCGUCUUGUAAACUCAUUUUUGCUGACGAGGAAGGUGAGGCAAAUAAUACCAUGGGGACAAGAGUGUAUCUAGGUCACAUACCCUACUUUGUUCGUGAAAGAGACGUGGAGAAAUUCUUUCAUGGGUUUGGAAAACUACGAGAUAUAAUGUUGAAGAAUGGAUAUGGAUUUGUGGAAUUUGAUGAUUAUAGAGAUGCAGAUGAUGCUGUCUACGAAUUGAAUGGAAAGGAGUUGUGUGGAGAGAGGAUCAGUGUAGAGCAUGCAAGAGGGACACCCAGAGGCUCAGACCGCUACAACUCUGGGUCUGACUAUGACAGGUUCCCACCACCUAGGAGGAGUGGACGCGAUAAGUAUGGACCACCAACACGCACAGACAACAGACUGAUUGUUGAAAACCUGUCAUCCAGAGUCAGCUGGCAGGAUCUGAAGGACUACAUGAGGCAGGCUGGUGAGGUGACAUAUGCUGAUGCCCACAGGGACAAGAAAAACGAGGGGGUGGUGGAGUUCAUGUCGUACAGUGACCUGAAGAGGGCCAUUGACAAGCUGGAUGGCACAGAGAUCAAUGGUCGCAAGAUCAAGCUGAUUGAAGACAAGCCCAGGAGACGCAGAAGGUCCACACGUUCUGGCUCUGACAGCAGGAGUCGAAGUCGCUCCAGGAGGAAGAGGUCAAGGUCACGCUCGAGGUCAAGGUCAAGAAGGAGGUCACGAUCACGCUCCAAGAGGACAAGGUCGCGUUCUGGUUCCAAGAAAUCAAAAUCGAGGUCGGCGUCCCGAUCAAAGUCCCGCAGUAAGAGUAGGGACCGCAGUAAGAGUAAGAGCAAAAGUCGAUCGCGCAGCAAGAGCAAAUCCAGAAGCAGGUCAAGGUCAAAGAGUGCUGAGAAGGCACAGAGUCGAUCCAAGUCAAAAUCUCCAGAGAAGGAGGAACAGAAGGAAGAUGAAUGAACAUCUGUUCCAUGUGAAACGAUAUGUGGAUGGAAAGUGUAUGUUUCAGAUGUUUGCAGAAGUUGUUAAUUGGUUCAUACAAAUAUUGGUGUGUUUAAGUUCAUAUUUGUUCACAAUAUUGAUUAUUGUUCUGACAAAUAUCACUGCAGUACUUACAUGGAUAGUAGGGGAAGGUGUUUUUGCUGAGGAUAGAAUAUUGAGUGAGGGGGAGGGGGGAAUAAAGUGCAUUGUUGGAGCUAGCCUCCUCAGAUUGCUGAUUUUGGUCAGUCACAGGUAUUUUAUAUAUUCAUAAUAUGUCACUUAUAUUUUGAAAGGCAUUUCAUUUGAUGACUUUGUUGUACAUAAUUUCAUGUUUUUAAAUCAGUUUUGUUAACAUAGCAAAAUGUGGUCUUUGAUGUAAAUAAAUUGUGUAAUAAAUAA